AUGUCUCAAGAACAGUUGACAGAAAGUUUGAAAGUCAUUGUGGCUGAGAAGCUGGGCACACUUCCCAACUUCCACGAGGAUAUCAAAUAUGUUGCUGAAUACAUUGUGCUACUGAUGGUUAACGGUGGUACAGUUGAGAGCGUUGUUCAAGAACUCUCUACACUUUUUGAUUCAGUCUCUCCAGCAGCACUGACUGAUGUUGUUCAAACUGCGUUUUUCGCGCUGGAAGCCCUGCAACAAGGAGAAACGGUGGAGGGCAUCGUUUCUAAGAUCAGAGGAGCCACUGCCGGGCCAGAAAUCCAGCAACCAGAACAAGAACAGCCGCCCCAGCAGGAGCCACAGCCGCAGCCAUCUGCUGCGGCACCGGCGGAGUCUCUGUCAGCCUUUGCUAACUUUGUUCCUAAGCAACCUGUGGUACAGGACGAUAGUUCCAACUUUCCAGGAGGCCAAUCUCAGUAUUCCCAGAAGGUUGGUGCUGUCGGAAAGCAGCGUGGGACCCGUGGAAGUCGCGGGUCAACUCGCGGAGCUUCUCGCGGUCAUAACAGAGGCCAGAAUGCGAGGUUCAAUCCAUUGGCUAGGGCACUUGGCAUGGAUGAAGGGAAUGGCAAUAUUAAAUUGGUUCAUCAGAAGAAGGAAGGUCGCUGUAAACUGUUCCCUCGCUGCCCAUUAGGAAGAUCAUGCCCUCACGCGCAUCCCACGAAAGUUUGCAACGAUUACCCCAACUGUCCUAAACCGCCAGGAACUUGCGAAUAUCUUCACCCCAAUGAAGAUGAAGAGUUGAUGAGAGAGAUCGAGAAGACACGUGAAGAAUUUCAGCAGAGGAAAGCCGCAAUAAUAGCGGCAAGGACCAAGCCAAUUCAGACUGGUAUCGUGCUUUGUAAAUUCGGAGCUUUAUGCUCGAAUCCGAUGUGUCCUUUUGGUCAUCCGACUCCUGCCAACGAAGAUGCUAAAGUGCUGGAGUUGGUGUGGUGUGCUGCGAACCUAGAAUGUGCCGAUCCUAAGUGUAAGAAAGCUCACUCAUCGUUAUCGAAAAUUAAAGAAGUGGCUCCUUUGGGUCACAAGAAAUUUAAGCCAACUGCUCCAUUAGCUGCUCGUCCGGUUGAAAAGUCUUUGGAACAGUGUAAAUUUGGCAGCCAUUGUACCAACAAGCGCUGUAAAUUUAGACAUGCUCGCUCUCACAUCAUGUGCCGCGAAGGUGCCAAUUGCACUCGAAUUGACUGUCUUUUUGGACACCCGAUCAACGAAGACUGUAAGUUUGGUAUAGAGUGCCGCAAUGCUUACUGUCUUUUCAGGCAUCCCGAGGGUAGGGUGAUUCCGCAAAAGGGAGAGACCAACAAUAAUACUCAACCAGGUUUCAAUAACAAUGGUGUUUCUAGCAUGAGCCAGAGACCAUUUGCUCUUCCGGACGGAGCUCAUAUCGAAAAUGCGGCUCCUCAAAACACACUGCAAUCAAUUCACGCCAUUCAACAACAACCAGAUAACGAUACUGACAUGAGCUGA